ACUUCCGUCAAACAAAACGCUGGGUAAGGAAAUCAAUCCGUCAAGCCUUUAUCCAACCUUCUAAGCCCACCCGGAUACUUCUUCUUCAACGGACGCAGGCCUUCGCGCUCCCCCAGGUAAAACCUGCAACUCUGAUUCUACAUCAAGAGAGGGAUGAUCGCAGCUCCACCCCAAUGUUGUACUAGUUAUGUACCAGUAAUUGUUAGUAUUUCUUUUGUUUAAUGGAUUGCAACCUAAUACUAUUGCUAGUGUUUCACAGCUCCACCCCCAAUACUAUUUCAUUUGUUUCUUUUAUUCAAUCGCUUGUGUUUCAAUAGUAUUGCAACCCAAAGUAUUGCAAUUCGCCAAUAGAAACUCAAUCGCGCUUCACCCCAAUAUUCUACUGGUUAUUCAAUUGCUAGUGUUUCGUUUGUUUAAUGAAUUUUCGUUACAAAUUCCUUUGAGUCAAAGUAAUUGAAGCUGCGAUUGACUUUUCCCUAAAAAAAGGUCAAAACUCGUUAGGUUUGUUUAUAAAGUGAUUCAAUUGUGUAACACAUGCCUUUGUGUGUGAUUUGUUUGAAUGUUAACUUUGAGCUAAAAAAAAUUAUGCUUUUGUGAGUGAAGUAGUGAAUGAGCUCCUCUACAAGAAUCUGCCACUAUGGUGAUUGGUUGGAUGUUCCAACUUGUAGGCGUGGCAAAGAAAUGAAUAUAAUAACUGCGUGGACUGAUAUGAAUCCCGGAAGAAGAUAUUGGGAGUGCGGAGGAAAAGGAUAUUGUAAAUGUUGUUAUUGGGAAUGGAUUGACCCUCCAAUGUGCCACCGAUCGAUGAAGAUCAUUCCUAGGCUGUUAAAAAAGAAGAAUUCAAUGGAAGAAGAAGUGACCAUGCUAAAGAAGCGUAUUAAACAGCAGCAAGCAGGAAGCAAAAUUGGAAAAUUUGCAUUUGGUUUUGUUGUAGGAGUACUGUUUGUGUGCGUUUUGUGCCUCUUCUAAAUGUAAUACUCCAAUUUUAUCCCCCAUAACAAUGUUAGUGAAGCUUGGUAGUGUGUUUUGUGACAAUGGUGUUCCCCUAAUUUAUGUAAUGGUAUUACUCUUUGGUAAUUAUUUUUCAUAUUGAAGGCAUUGAAUACAAUGUGCAGGGUUUUAAAUUCCUCUCAUUUAUGUAAUGGGUUUCAAACACAUCCCAUUUCUUAACAAAUUUCAGACCUCUGUUUGCUCGAUCACCAAAUGCUCUUUUGGUUGAAUCUCCCGCGUUAAAGACAACGCGUCUUGUGUCCUUAACCAUGAGAACCCCAAUCUCAUUGGCCUCUAUUUUGAAGAUCAAAACUCAUUUCUGUUGGGUUCCAGGAUUCCACUAUUCAUCUUCUACACUCUAUCAUGGACGAAAUAUGAAGCACCUUAGGGUCACACAUGUACUUCAAGAACCGUUAACGUGGGUUGAAAUCCGUUCUCUGGGUGGAACCAAGUCUCUUCAUUCGCUCAUCAAACUUGUUUCCACCGUGGAACAACCAGUUUUCGAAACCUUCAACAAUGUAUUGUCCAAUCGAUAUGGGGAUGUAAGUGAGGCAUGGGAGCUGUUUUCUGAGAUGAGGAGGUUUGGAUUUGAGCCCACUCAGUACACAUUUGGGGGGCUGUUGUCGUGUGAGUUCUUGGACCAUCAUCGAACAGCACAAUUGCAUGCUCUGAUUGAAAAGACACCAUUGCUGCAUAUUGAUGCUGUUGUAGGGACCGCAUUAUUGUCUACACUUGGGAGAUGCGGAUGUUUGCAUGAGGCCUGGCAGGUUUUUGAGAGCAUGCCUAGAAAGAAUUUGGUCACAUGGAAUUCUAUGAUUCUAUUGCUGGGAAAACAUGGAUUUGUUGAAAAUUCCAUGAAAAUGUUCAUUGAAAUGCUUAGGGGUGGAAUGGAUUUGUCCGAGUACACAUUUGCUGGCCUUCUGUCCUGUUUUGUUGGGUCAUCUAGUAUAGAAUUAGGAGAACAGGUGCAUGCAGUUGCACUGAAGCAUGGCUUGGUCGUUGCGGCAUCAGUUAAGAAUUCUCUAGCUAACAUGUUAAAGAAUCAAUCACUCGGAGAAGCUUUUCAUGCACAGAUUAUCAAGAAAAGGCAUGUCAUUGAUGUAAAAGUUGGCAGUGCAAUGUGUCACCAGUGGCAGAACUACUGCAGAUUCACUCAUGCUUGUUCCCGAAAUGGUGAUCACAAGGAGGCUUUUGAAUUAUUUGGACACAUGCAGAGAGCUUGCGUCUUUCCUGACAAUUACACAUAUAUUAGCCUAUUCAGCAGUUGCACUGUACUUUGCAACUUAGGUUUGGGAAGCUCUCUUCAUAGCUUACUUAUUAAGAACAAUUUUAAUUCUUGCGACACAUUUGUGUGCAAUGUCAUGAUUGACAUGUAUGCAAAAUGUGGAAGCCUUGAUAGUUCAAUAAAGAUAUUUUUUGGCAUCACCAUAAGGAAUGUUUUUUCAUGGACAACUAUUAUUUCAUCACUUGGCCUACAUGGGUAUGCUCACGAAGCAAUAGAGAAAUUUGAAGAGAUGAUAAAGGAUGGUAUAAUGCCGGAUAAGGUGGCCUUGAUGUCAGUUCUUUCAGCUUGUAGGCAUGCAGGGUUAGUUGAACAAGGGAUGUCAUUGUUUAGGGAAAUGAAUUCCAAGAUGCCUUUCCCUCCCAAUGCUUUGAUAUGGCGUACAUUCCUUGAUGGCUGCAAGAGGAAAAGAGCUAUGUUGAGCUUUAAAAGCUGUUAGUUUCACAUUUUAGAGAUCUGUGAAACUUUUUGAAAGAGUUUACAACCCACAACAGGAAAUUCUUAAUAUUCUAUGUUCUUGCUAUGAAGAUACACAAUGGACGAAUUUGGCAUUUCAUACAGCAACAUUACAACAACAACCCAGUUGAAUCCCCCAAAAGUAGGCUCUGGGGAGGGUGUGUGUAUGAAGACUUUACCCCUACUCAAAAGUAGAGAGGUUGUUUCCAAAGAGACCCCCGGCUCAAGCACCACAGGUAAUCACAUACGCAACUUGACCCCUAUGUUUAAAGAUGACCGAUGAUGAGCGCCGCAAGUUGCAUUGACUAACUGCUACUCACUAUUAUAAGAAGCGCUAACAGUUUAAAGAGUCAUUUUGCUUUAUUCCAUCUUAUGCCAAAGCCAAAAAAUAGUGAUACUUUGG